AUGCUCCCGAAUUCUAGUGUGCUCCUACCAUGUAGAAGUGUGAGUGCAACAACCAUGGAAAGCAGCUGGGGUGUUGGUGGCGUCGUUUGCCAUCUCCAGUGCGAGAUCAGCUCCGUCGAGGUCACGGGACUCGGCUGCACCGGUGGUGGCGCACGAGCACUCUUCCUCCGGUGCCACGUUCCCGCGGGCGGCGGCAGGACGAUCCAGAUCGACAGCCAAAGCUCCGAGGCCGAGCGCCGCGCCGGCGACCGAGCCACAUCGACCGACGUGGUCUCGUGGCGCGACGUGGCGUCGCUGGCGUGCGACGGCUCGCCGGCGUGCGUGCGGGAGCUCGCGGACACGAGGAGCGUGGUGUUCGAGGUGCGGAGGAGGCAGAAGAAGAUCAUGGGGCGCGCCGGGUCGUCGGAGCUGCUUGGCCGCGCCGAGGUUGCAUGGAGGGACGUGGGUGACCCCGCGGUGGAGCGGCGAGCCGCGCUUGCCGUGUCCGGCCGGAGCAAAGGCGGGACAGCCCGGAACGAUCCCGCGCCGGUGAUGUCGGUGAGGAUGAGCGUGCGCGUGUUGGAGACGGCUGCGCCCGUCCGCCGGACCUGCGUGGACUCGCAGCGGGAGACUUAUGGCUGUGAGUGGAGCGCCGGAGGGAGCGACGAUGCGUACGGAGUGGCUGCGUGCGGCAUAGCAGAUGACGCGGGCGAGUAG